GGUUGUUACGCGUAAUAACAAUAAAUUAAGAACAUUCUGGAAGUAUGACUAAAGCGAUGUCAGCAGCGGGUGAGACUCUACUAGCGGCGAGCACGCGAGCGCAUGGGCAGGCCGCGCCUGCAACACGCGCGCCGCUGCCGCCGCGCACUGCCAGCAAACACACUGUGCACUGGUUUCGCAAAGGCCUGCGCCUGCACGACAACCCCGCUCUGCGGGAGGGACUCGUCGAUGCUAUCACAUUCAGAUGCGUCUUUAUCAUAGACCCAUGGUUCGCCAGCUGUUCUAAUGUCGGAAUCAAUAAAUGGAGAUUUCUUCUUGAAUGUCUGGAGGACUUAGACAAUAGUUUGCGGAAGUUAAAUUCCCGCUUAUUCGUGGUUCGCGGCCAACCUGCCGAUGCUUUGCCAAAAUUGUUUCGCGAGUGGGGCACGACGGAGCUCACUUUCGAAGAGGACCCCGAACCUUACGGCAGAGUACGAGACCACAAUAUCAUGAUGAAAUGCCGAGAUGUCGGAAUCAACGUGGUUUCGAGAGUAUCUCACACCCUCUAUAAGUUGGACAAGAUAAUAGAGCUCAAUGGUGGCAAAGCGCCGCUGACGUAUCACCAGUUCCAAGCUUUAAUCGCGAGCAUGCCGCCGCCGCCGGCCGCUGAGGCCACGAUCAGCCCGCACACACUCAAUGGCGCCACCACGCCCAUCACUGAAGAUCACGACGAACGCUUCGGGGUACCAACACUUGAAGAAUUAGGAUUUGAAACAGAAAACCUAAAACCGCCUGUGUGGAUUGGGGGCGAAAGUGAAGCUUUAACACGACUAGAAAGACAUUUGGAGCGGAAAGCCUGGGUGGCAACUUUCGGAAGACCCAAAAUGACGCCACAAUCCCUAUUGGCGAGUCCUACGGGAUUGUCCCCGUAUUUAAGGUUUGGUUGCUUAUCGACUAGACUGUUCUACUACCAACUGACAGAUCUGUACAAACGCGUGAAGCGCGUGCGUCCGCCACUGUCGCUGCACGGACAGAUACUGUGGCGGGAGUUCUUCUACUGCGCCGCCACUCGCAACCCCAACUUCGACCGCAUGGAGGGCAACCCCAUCUGUGUGCAGAUCCCCUGGGAAAAGAAUCAGGACGCCCUCGCCAAAUGGGCCAGUGGUCAGACAGGAUUUCCCUGGAUCGACUCUAUUAUGAUCCAGCUGCGCGAGGAGGGAUGGAUCCACCACCUGGCGCGGCACGCCGUCGCCUGCUUCCUGACUCGCGGCGAUCUCUGGAUAUCCUGGGAGGAAGGCAUGAAGGUGUUCGACGAGUUGCUGCUAGACGCGGACUGGUCGGUGAACGCGGGCAUGUGGAUGUGGCUCUCGUGCUCCUCCUUUUUUCAACAAUUCUUCCACUGCUAUUGUCCAGUAAGAUUCGGUCGAAAGACGGAUCCUAAUGGUGACUUUAUUAGGAAAUACAUUCCGGCGCUAAAAAAUAUGCCGACGCGGUACAUCCACGAGCCGUGGGAGGCGCCCGAGGCGGUGCAGAGGUCGGCGCGCUGCGUGGUGGGGCGCGACUACCCCCUGCCCAUGGUCGACCACGCCAAGGUCUCCCAGCUCAACAUCGAGCGCAUCAAGCAGGUCUACGCGCUGCUCGCCAAAUACAAGCCGCAGAAUUUAUUAAAUCCUCAAGUCGUGGUGCGGCCUAAUGUGAUGCAAUCGUCACCGAGUCCCACAUCAAUAAUCACAAGCAUAAAUCAAUCAAACUACCUCUGCAGUCAGACUCCAGAGUCGCAAUCGACUUCACCCGCGCAUACGCAGCAGGCCAACGAUGUAUUCCUCCGACCCAACAACACGCUGCGUGAGGCUAAACAACCUAUGAAACAAGUUGUCAUCGUACAACAAGCACAAAACUCAAAUGUUUCUCCCGAAACGACGGAUCGUUCUCGAAUACAGGACAAAUUUAUAAACGGCCAGUUAGAAAUAUCAUGCGAUAUGGACCAAAGCAAACAAAAAAAUUAUGGCCUCAAGAACUUGGUGAUCCACAAUAACGAUCCUCAAUGCAACCAAGAUGUUUAUAUUCAACAACCACAUAACAAUAUUGAUGGUUUAUCGCAAGCCGGACAAUUGAACAGUUUCACUGAUAAGACUAAAUAUUAUCUACCUUCUUACAAUAAAAGUGAAAUUCUAGUACAAAAUACGCACCAUAGGAACAUGAAUUCCUCCGAUCAGUACAUAUCUAAUGCACUUGAUAAUGAAUCUAAAAAUAAUGUUAACAAUGAAAACUCGUUGAUGUCCACAGAUACUGUAAUAUAUCCUGAUCCAAAAAAUCCACCGGAAAAAUAA